AUGGAUUCCUGCACGUUAUGAAGAUCUUGUGAUUAAUAAAUCUCCAUCACAACUCAACCGAUGACUGCUGGAGUCUGUAGUUUCAACAGGAGGAGGCUGACCGGGGUCAGAUGGUGUUCCUGUUUUGGAUUUUAAGUCUCACUUCCUCUUAAAUCUGAGUGAGACGUCUUCAGCCCGUAGAAACUGGGAUCCUGCCGAAUGCAAUGAUGUUAAGAAAAUGUUUGACAGUUGCACCAUUGCUGAUACUUGUGCUGAGUGUCUUCAGAGGACAUACCCUCACAUGUCGUAGAUCAGAGUAUCAGAUUGGGGAUCAAUGCUGUCCUAAGUGUUCUGCUGGAAGUCGAGUUGAAAAAGACUGCACAGAUUUCGGAUUUACUUCCUGUCUGGAUUGCGAUGAGGGAACAUUCAUGGAUCGUCCUACAGGGCGUAGACAAUGUUUUCCCUGUGCACGCUGUGAUGCAGGUUCUGGUGUAAAGAUAAAGACGGCAUGUACGACUAUAUCAGAUACAGUCUGUGAACCUCUGGAGGGAUUCUACUGUACGGACUCUUCAAAAAACGGCUGUGUGGCAGCAGAGAAACACAGCAGCUGUCAACCAGGACAAUAUAUCAGGCAACAAGGAACAGCUCUCAGGGACACUGAGUGCUCUGCCUGCAGCGAUGGAACAUUUUCUGAUGGGACAUUAUUUCCAUCGUGUCAGCCACACACACAAUGUGAGGCAUUGAAUCUUCAGCUGAUAAAACCAGGAAAUGCUUCAACGGAUGCUGAAUGUGGAAGAAAAUGAAAUGAAGACAAUCCC